AUGGCGGAGCAGGCGUCCGAAAAACCUCCAUCAGAGCACGGCCGCGAGUCGGCUCUGAAUCCCGCCCCCUCGGCAAGCAAGCGGCGACGCAUCGGUUUAGCUUGCAAUGCCUGCCGUGUGCGCAAGUCCAGAUGCGAUGGGCAGCGGCCUUCGUGCUCGUCCUGCAUGUCGCUCGGGUUCGAUUGCCUGUACGAACCCAGUGAAUCUGCGGCCAAUGUCAUUAUCCGCAAGGGCUAUGAGUCUGAUCUUGAACAGCGCGUGCUGUCUGUUGAACACAAGCUGCAGCGGCUCGAUGAUGUGUUCAAGGGCCAUCUCUUGCCGUGCCCAAACAAUUACCCAUGUCGACUCACAAGUAGCACCCCUGCACCGGAAGCAGUGACGCGUGCGAGAGAGACACAUGCUACCGGCCUGGAAGAGCCACAAGAUGAAGAUGCGUCUACUAAUGGCAUGGCCAUGACCUUUGUCGAAGAGCAUAGCUCAGCUUUCUUUGGCGAGUCCUCCAACAUCAACUUCACACAGCUUCUUCUUCGAGCUAUAGCUGCCGUGCAUCAAGCGUCACCAGCCAUAACAUCCGCCGUAGACAAGGACUCUGCUCUUCAGGAAACAAUCAUAGCUAGUGAUUCCCAGGCCCAACCACACCGUCCGGUUGCUGCAUCAUCAACUCACCUGGACUCGCCGCCUACUACCUUGCCGUCAGUAGAAGAAAUGGACUCCUUGCUCGACAUUUACUUCGACACAUUCGGGGCCAUCUUUCCGUUUAUCCAUGAAGAGACGAUGAGGAAAACAUAUACGGAAUGCAGGCUCAAUUGUUUCACCAGAGCUCGCAGGACCUGGCUAGGAACUUUAAACAUGAUGUUCGCCAUGGCCAGCAGCUUGGAUAGAGACUAUGUUGCAUCUGCUAAGAAGCGCUUCGAGAGGUCCAAUAUUUUUUACAAGAGGGCCCUGGAACUGUGUGGUGACUUAUCGAGACGUGUCAUCAGCCUUGAGAUGGUCCAUUAUCUGCUCCUCCUCGUCAUCCACUGCCAGGGGACUCAGCGUUCAGUGCAGGCCUGGAAUAACCACGGGCUUGUCAUCCGGUCAGCUAUUGCGUUAGGACUUCACAGCCACUCUACCAGGAAGCCUGUCGAUCCCGUCAGCGACGAAUAUCGCCGUCGGACUUGGGCAGUAAUAUACUGUCUCGACAAGGUCCUGAGUGUGGCUUUUGGCAGGCCAGCAAGUGUCCCAGAUGAACAGAUGACCGGACGAGAGCCAGUGCCUGGUUUGUCUACAAGUGCUUUAAUUGGCCCCCAUGGUAACGUUGAUUUGCCUGGUGAAUUCCUCGCUGUUUCAUUCAAGUUGUAUCAGGUGAUGGCCAGAUCCCUCACCAAUCAGUAUGGGGCAAACCUUGAGAACGCCGACUUGUGUCCAGACGACAUAGCUUCACUCAAAGCCUCAGGCGAGCUUCGGCAAAUGCUUCAAGGCUGGGCGGCGAGCCUGCCAUCGUAUCUGCAUCUCUGCGAGCCUGCCUCCAGCGUACUUUCGCAGAAUUCUCCGGGGAACCGGUUUCGUGUCAUUCUCACACUUAGGUAUCAUAACCUGGCCAUUCUCAUACAUAAACCGUUACUUAGUGCCACGAUACGUCACUUGUUCCGGGCGGGAAGUGCGCCCGGUGGAAGUCCGCCAUAUUUGACGCAGCUCGCUAUGGCGGAGGCCCACGAAUGCGUCCGGGCAGCACAACUUACCAUUGAAAUUGUUCACUGCAUCAUCACUGCGGAUUCCACGAGUAAGAAUAAUCUCGGGGCGUGGUUUUUCACGCUGUACUACGUCUUCACUGCUUCACUGGUCAUCUGCGGCCGCCUACUGUGGGCACAACAUGGAGAGAACGUGGUAGGCGAAGCAGCUGUCAAGGACUCAAAGAUUUUACUCGGCAAGGCAGAAACGAUAUUUCACAAGCUGGACCACGAAAACAGUCUGGUUUUAAGUUGCCUGGAAUAUAUUCGCCGACUGGGCAGAAUGUGCAGUAUCAAAGGAGCUGCACCAGAUCCAUCACAGGGCCGCUCUGAUAGUGACUCUGCCUUAAAUUUGGAAGUAUCUAACAGCCAACCCACGUUGGAUCCUGCCACUAGUUCCGUGGAAGCAGGGGUUUUCAACGUUGAGGACAUGGAGGCGUUCCAGCUUUUUUCAUCCGAAAUGUUCGACCCGUCCAUCGUCGAGGGCUUCCAUCAGUCACCCGUCGAGGGGAUUACUUUGGGCAAUGGCCUUUAG